AUGGUGAAAAAUAACUCAAAAGUAAGCUCAAACUCUCCUCCAGCUAGCCCAGAAGCUGAAGAAGAGGCGAACUAUGCAAAAAACCUCGAAAAUGGGCCCCUCUAUGAGAAUCUCAAGACAAUUGAUUGUGCUGACCACAACAGCAUGAAAAUUCAGCUGGUUUGAGAUUCAAUUUGUUACUCUAUAGACACAAAAAAAGGAAAACAAGAAAUCCUAAAAGGAGUCUCAGGGUCUGCUAGCCCUGGGGAAUUUGUAGCCAUUAUGGGUUCUUCAGGGGCUGGGAAAACUACCCUUUUGAAUAUAGUUGCAGGCAGGAUUUCCAGCUUCCAUAACUCCCAUGUGACUGGAAGUGUAAAGGCUAACGGCGCUAAUAUAAGCAGCAUAAAAUUUGACCAAUUUUCUACUUAUAUUACUCAAGAAGACAUUUUGCUUCCAACCCUGACUAUUCGGGAAUGCUUUGAGUUUUCAGCAAGAAUGAGGCUGAAGGGCACAAAUGAAGAAAUUUUGGAAAAGGUAGAAAAAACAAUAGCUGACUUAAAGAUUAAAAUAAAAAAAAUAUGGAGAAAUUUUUGAGUUGGGGAGAGACUAAUAAAUUGAAUUAAUUUGCCUUGACAAAAGAUCUUUAAUAAUAAUUUAGACUUAAAGCUUGAAAAAGCAGCAGAUAAUGUGAUUGGGAGUGUACUUAAUAAAGGAAUUUCAGGAGGAGAAAGAAAAAGGACAUGCAUUGGGGUAGAAAUCAUAACUGAUCCUGCUGUGAUCAUUUUAGACGAGCCGACAUCAGGGCUUGACAGCUUUACAGCUGAAACUUUAGUAGAUUUGCUUAUUGAGCAAAUAAAUAAAGGCAAAACUGUAAUCGCAACUAUUCAUCAGCCUAGUUCCAACGUUUUCAAAAAAUUUUCAAAAUUAAUUUUACUAUGUGAAGGAUAUACAGUUUAUCAAGGUCCUCCAGCAGACUCCAGAAAAUAUUUUUCAAACCUCGGCUAUAAAUGUCCAAGACAUGUAAACCCAGCUGAUUUUUAUAUGAGACUGCUUCACGUUGUAAACCGCUUUGAGAAAACCCCUGAAGAAGAAGAAAAACUAAACAGUCUCGCUGACGCCUAUAAAGAAUCCGAAAUCAAAGAAACCCCCACUUCUAAAUACGAUCUCACAGAGCUGAAAAACAAAGGCGACAAUAGCUUGAAUUUUUUCAAAAAAGUCGGCUUAUUGUGGAAACGCUCGAUGAUAAAUGCUGUUAGAAAUCCUUUCUUAUCCCGAGUAAGACUUGCCCAAUUUAUUAUAGUUUCUGCUAUAAUUGACCUUGUUUUUCAUGACCUCGGCAAUGAUUUCGACUCCAUCCAAAAUACGACAGGUGUCUUAUUUUUUAUGACCCUUGGUAACAUAAUGUUAGGGAACAAUCCAAGCGCUUUGACUUUUCCAGCAGAAAGACCUACGUUUUUAAAAGAGCACAGUGAAGGCUUAUACAGCACUUUUAUCUAUUUUAUAGCCAAAAACUUGUCAGAGCUGCCAAUGCAGUUUGUAGUGACGAUGAUUUAUUCCUUAAUGGUUUAUUUUGCCUUAGACUUAAACUUAACUGCCAGCAGGUUUUUCACGUUUUAUGCAAUUUUGACUAUUGCUCAUAUGGCAGGGGUUGGAUCAGGCUAUAUAAUCGGUGGGCUGUGUGAGACAGAAAAUGUGGCCGCUCUUUUUGGACCGAUUGUUCCAACUUCACUUAUUGUGUUUGGAGGGUCUUUUGGGAACUUAAAAAAUAUGAAUGUUGCUUUUAGCUGGAUACAGUAUAUUUCACCAUUUGGGUGGUGCUUUAAGUCUUUAGUAAUCAAUCAGUAUGAGGAUUUUGAUUUUGACUGUGACUCAGAUGAGAAAUGCGAUCCACUUGAUACGCUUGGGUUUAAUGAUCCUUUGUGAAAGGAUAUUAUUUGCUUGAUAGCGCUGAUGAUUGGAUUCAGAAUUAUUGCUUUUGUAUGUUUGAGCAUGAUAUCAAGAAAAAAGAAACACUAG